GGAUGUGACACCUGGGGACAUGGGUUAGUGGUGGCCUUGGCAGUGCUGGGGGAAUGGUUGGAUUCGACGGUCUUGGAGGGCUUUCCAACCUUUAUGUUUCUAUGAUUGUGUAUCUCCUGGCCUGCUCUCCCUCACCCCCUGGAAGGACCUUGGAGUGCUCAGGUGUGGGUUUGACCCAGGGUCAGCACCCCUUGGCUCUGCUGGUGGCCACAGGAUAGCUCAUGUGGUGACACCUGGGCCACAUCCCACUGUUCACCUUUGCUUUUCUGACAAAAGUUCUGAAAUUAAUUCAUCCUGGGGUCCUGUCUUUAUUUUUUGGUCACCUUAACACAUUUUAGGUGGUGUCCAGUUUUUGUUUUGGUCGCCUGAGAUCGUUUGCUGAUGCUCUGCGGCAUCUCAGGGAAAAGCUGGGGGUUUCCAGCAGGAAUGGGUGGAUCUGGAAGAUUUUAGGCACUUUAUGAACAGGGACUAAGCACAUUGGUAGGAUUUUUCUGCUCAAAUUAGCAGCAGUGAAAACAAUUGACUGUGAUGACACUUAAGAGGUGAACUUUAUAUUUCAGUCUAUUGAAAUGAAUGAGGUGGGAUACCUAGCCAGUUGUGGAUUUGGGAAUACAAACCACAGUAACGUAAGAAUAGUUGAUCAGCUGGUUUUCAACUAUCAAGAUAUUUUGUACAGCCUGAAAAUUGUAUCAGAAUCUUCUCUGCAGCAGCCAAAGGGCAGAUGAUGUGCUUAGGGUAUGAUUUGACCUGAGCUAUAGCCAGAUUAGUUGGGUGCAUAAAAUGAUAUUAAUUUAAAAAGUUGGGAAAGAUGUAAGAGGAAAAACUCCCAAAAUAGAGAAGAUAAGGAUAAGUGUUUCUGCUCCAUGAGAAGUUUUCCCAGAUGACUGUGGCCAUCUUAAAAAAAAAUCUCAGUGAAAAGUAAAUGUUUGUAUUGAGAGUCAGUAGACAAUUCCUCUUCCAAAUGUCCAAUGGAUGGACAAAGCUUUAAGGUCGGCUGUGCAGAGACACUGGAAGUCUCUUGUAGGGAUACGCUCAAACACCUCUGACAUCUCUUGAGGUGUCCCGUCCCUCCAGGGUCCCUGCCAUGGUACUCAAGGUGUUCUUCCCAUCGUGCUGCUCCUCGGCAGACAGCGGGAUCCUGAUCGGCCGCUGGCUGUCGGAGCAGAGCUCUGCCGUUGUCCUGGCCGUGGUGCACUUCCCCUUCAUCCCUGUGCAGGUGAAGCAGUACCUCGGGCAAGUUCAGCACCUGACCAAAGUCAGCCUUUCUGUGCUCGGCUCCUGGAGCAACAGCAAACAGGAGAAAGAGGAGGGUCUGAGCGAGUUCUUGGAAGACCUUGGGACCAUAUUCUCCCAUGAACCUUGGAUUCAGAUAAGCAAAGAGGGAGAUGGCAAGUUUUGGAGCUGCUCUACCCUUCAGAAACACUCCAGCAGCCCUAAGGAGGAAGAAGUCAUCUUGGUGUACUAUGACCAGCGCAAAGUUAUGCUCUCCCAUCUGCACCCCCCUCUGGACACAGGUGAUGGGAGGGCAGAGGAUGCCUCCAAGCUCUCUGCCAUCUUCGACACCGUGGCCAGGAGCAGGGUGCUGUUCAUGACCGACAGGUACGACGAGGGGCCCAUCAAGCUGACCCACUGGCAGUCGGAGGGGGUCGAGGCCAGUAUCAUCGUGGAGCUGCUCAAACAGACCUCUGUGCCUGCCUGCAUGCUCCUCACAUUCCUGCUCUCACUGGUCUCUGGGAUCUGCAGGAGCAGGGUGCUGAAGUUUUGGCCUUUGUCUUUCUUAUGGAGCAAACUCUCAACUUGUGAGCAGCUGGGACAUCGCCUGCAGCACCUCCAGGUCAUCAGCAGCAACAAGAAGGCUCAAACCCAGACUCAGCUGAUGAGGAAAGCCAACAUCUUUGUCUCUCUACUGAUUGAUGUGGCCCUGGGGAUCCUGCUGAUGUCCUGGCUCUACAGGAAGAACCGAAUUGGUCACCUUGCUGACACUCUCAUCCCCGUGGCUGACCAUGUAGCUGAGGAGCUCCAGGACCUGCUCCAGUGGCUGAUGGGAGCCCCAGCUGGACUGAAAAUGAACCGAGCUCUGGAUCAGGUUCUGGGCCGCUUCUUCCUCUACCACAUCCAUCUCUGGAUUAGCUACAUCCACCUGAUGUCGCCCUUCAUCGAGAUGAUCCUGUGGUAUGUGGGGCUGUCAGCCUGUCUGGGCCUCACCGUGGCUCUGUGCAUCCUCUCCGACAUCAUCGCGCUCCUCACCUUCCACAUCUACUGCUUCUACGUCUACGGGGCCCGGCUCUACUGCCUCAAGAUCUAUGGACUGUCAUCCCUGUGGCGCCUGUUCCGGGGCAAGAAGUGGAACGUGCUCCGGCAGCGGGUGGACUCCUGCUCCUAUGACCUGGACCAGUUAUUUAUUGGCACUUUGCUGUUCACCAUCCUGCUGUUCCUCCUGCCUACAACUGCACUGUAUUAUUUGGUGUUUACCCUGCUCCGAUUGCUGGUGGUGAUUGUGCAAGGCCUCAUACACUUGCUCGUUGACCUGAUUGACUCUCUGCCCCUUUAUUCCCUGAUCCUUCGGCUCUGCAGAUCCUACAGGCUCGCAGCUGGAGUGAAGUUCAGAGUCCUUGAGCAGCAGGAUGGAAAACCUCUGCGGCUCCUUAUGCAGAUCAACCCUCUCUCCUAUGGUGCUGUUGUACAGACAUACAGGCUGCCCACCUACAGCUGUUACCCCAAGGACUCCUGGGCAUCUCUCUGCAAGAAGCUGUUCCUUGGAGAGCUGAUCUACCCUUGGAAACACAAAGGAGAGAAGCAGGAGUAAAGACAGUGAAAGAGCUGGAGAUCUUGGCCAGAAAAACAUACUGAAUCCUAAUGCUUUAGGACCAAAGGCUUCUCGGAGCCAGCAACUGCCACAUCCCUUUAAAUAGAGUUUGGUAACAUGAGAGGGGCUGAAUUUUUAAAGGCAAGUGUUUUUAAGCAUUAUUUUUCCACUUUCCUCUUCCCUUACACUGUGUUUGUAUAACAUGCUAAUGAUUAUUUUGGAAGCUAAAGGUGAAACCCGUCAGUGCCUCACUAAACCAGCCCUCCGUGUCACCAAGGAAGCAGCUCCUGAAUGGUUUGGGGGUGAAUGUCUCCUUCUGUGCUGGCUCACAGGGCCAGCCCCUGAGGAGGUUCAGAGGCACAAUGUUGAGGUGCACUUGGCUAGAGGGUGUUUUGGACUUUUUGUGCUUCAGCCUUCAAGCUGAUCAAACACAAAGUGGAGGAUUGUCUUGUAAAGUCACACACUGAAAACUGAGCAGCAGCUUGUCUGGGUUCAGAGGAUAUUUGUUCUUUUCCCUUUGGGAGAGCUUGGAUUCAGCCCCACUGCAGCACCAGAGGAGGUGUUCAGCACAGAAACGGUGCUUGUGUGGUCUCAUCUACAUUGUUUUCCAAAGCAAACAGUGCCCUGUGUGGGCAUUCAGGAACGAGUUGGACUCCCAUGAUGCUCGUGGGUCCCUUCCAGCUCAGAGUAUCCUGUGACUCUGGGACUGCUCAGGUGUGUGUGGCUGUGAGCCCGGGGACAGAGAGCUCUGGGCUCUGCCAAGGCUCAGGGCUCUCCAGUCCCAGUGUGAGGCUCUCACAGCUCUGCUGAGUCCAGCUCUGGCCAGAGCUCUGCUGGGGGUGCUCAGCCCAGCUCCUUGCCCAGCUCAGUGAGCUCAGGGCAGCCUGUGCUGCACCCCCUGACAGGGCCCAUACACCCCCUGUUUCCAGGGCCCUGGUGAGACCCUCGUCAAGGGGUCCCUCAUUUUGCACUUCCUAGCAGUCAAGGAACUUUUAAAGUCUUGGCUGUGAGGCAUUUAAAGCCACUUCUUUCCCUGAAACUAUAGGUCUAGUGGAAGGUGUCCCUGCCCAUGGCAGGGGGUGGAACGAGAUGAGCUUUAAGGUCCCUUCCAACCCAAACCGUUCUGUGAUUCCAUGAUUUCUCUUAGGGGAGAUUUCCUGCUUUGAGUACACCUCCACAGUGCAGCAGUGCUCUGUUUUUCGUGUCCUGGUCUCAUUUUGAUGUGUCUCCUGUUCCCUGUCUUGGAAAGAGUGCCUCUGUGCAUGGGAGGGUUGUGUCCCUCUGGAUACUCUGUGGUUGUGUAGGCAUUUACACACAGCCCUUACCCAAAAUAUCCUUCCUCCAGCUCUGCUGGCUCCUGUGGCCCAGCUCAAACAAGGGUGCAGUGUCCCUGUACCCUGCUUUGCACACCCAAAGUGGCUCUGUUAACUGGCAGGUGAGGGGUGUGCUGGACCUGCCCCCAUUUCCUCUGGCUGUCCAAGGAACCCAGGAUGGAGGAGGAGGAUGUGCUGUGACUCAGCCCUUCCUUGGAGGGCUGCCUGCGUAUCCCAGCGGGAGUUAUGGAGGCAAGGCAAGGUGCCGUGGGCUUUGGGAGCCUUCACUCAGCACUUCCAGGGGCAGGAUAAGAGUUUCCUACCCCAUGUGCUGGAGGCUGUCACAGAAGAGAAGGGUUAUGGCCCCCCUGCCUUAAGACAUCCCUGGCCAGAUAUAUUUGGGUUGUCUGGAGCUGCUAAAAGCCCGUCACGGUGCAGCCACUGCCUCUCCAGUCACAGCCUGAUCAGGAGGAAAGGAAGCUCUGCAGGCAGGUGCCUGGUCCAGACAUUCCUUAGCAGGCAAAUCUCCAAGGCCUUCCAGGUUUCUUAGGGACAUCAUGAAGAGAGGAAGGGCUGUAUGGACCCUGCUCCCAAAGGAUGUCCUGUUACCUCAUCCAGGGAAGAAGGGCACCUCACUGAAGAAAGCCAGCAUGGCAAAAGCCCCCCAUCAGCAUCUGCCACUGCAGGCUCUGGGUGGGACAUCCCUGUCUGCAGAAACUGGAGAGAUCUGGUUCCUCCUUGAUGAUCCCUGCUGAAAACUCCUGUACAGAUACAGCAUCUUCUUCUCUUGGAAUACCACUGCCCAGGUAUUUCUCACUGCAGGUGGGAAUAACUCCAGGCAGUGAUGCCUUUAGUGGAUGAAUGGUCUGAGUAAUGUUUCUCACUUCAGCUGAAGUCAGUCCUGCAGUCCCAUCCUCACCUGGCUCUCAGCACAGCAGGUUUACACGUUACCCCUCUCUCAUCUUUCCACUGGAGCUACUAAAUGAUAUCCCUGGUUCCUCCCAGGCCUGCACAGUUCAGUUCACUCACUGCUGUGAGAAACUUUAUUGUUUUUGGUCUUACGAAAAUAAUGUUCCUGGCUUUUAAAAUCUUCCUGUGAGACCAGACAGUUCAUGAUGGUCUUAGUUGUGAUUGUCCUUUGGGAUCAAGUGACCUGAAAUCCCCAGAGACAGCACAGAGCCAUGAAGACCAGCAAAUGUGACCUUCCUUUUGGGAACCUGCCAGAUGUGUUUGAUGUUCCAGUGUUGGGUUUGUUUACUAAAGGCUGAUACUGACUGUGGGGAUGGGGAAAUACUAAACUGAGAGAAAGCUCCUCAAACCUGAGAUCCUGAAUCUUCUGAGACACAGAGAACCCUUAGCAGCCCAGCUGGGCAGUGGCAGCUCCUUGUGGGUGCAGUUCUCCUGUGUCACCCAGAACUGGUGCCCCAGCUGCCCCACUGCUCCUCCCCCUGGGCGCUCUCCUCUCCCGUGGUGGUAUCUGAGCAUCUGAGUUCCUUGUGCUGGAUCUUUGCCAUGUCUCUCCUCUUCCUUUCCAGUCCCUGCUGUGAAACAAGGCUUCCCCCACCCUUUUCCGACUCUGUGCACAGACAUUACAACAACUCAGCAGACAUCCUGCUCAGGAACACUUGACCUUAUGUCAUCCCUCUAAUUAGAAGUUGGGAUCAGCAUCAUCUUCCACAGCAGCACAGACUGGCCCAGCACUGGCAUUUCCUCAGGGAAGAGGCUGCUGGUAAGGUUCUGGCUCUGAUUUUUCCUCAGAUCCAUAUUUUCCAUGUCAGCCCUUGGAUGAGAAGUAGUUAAAGGUUUCAGAUCUCCCAUUCCUACCACACACCCCUUAGAGCAGGCACAAGGAGGCUCUAAUCUUGCAGAUUUUUUUUAAUACUGCAUUUUCUAAUUAUUAUUUCUCCCACCCUAUGGUUCCCAGUGCUGGCACAAACUCCCUCUUUACUUAGGCAGGCGGUUUGUGAGGGAAAACGUGAUUCAUUGUGUGCAAAACUCCAUCCUAGAUAGAAAUUCUGCCUUGGAGAAAUCCUUUCCUUUCCUCACCAGCACAGCAUGUGACGAUGCUGAAAGGAAACCUCAGUGAUUACAAUGCACUGAAGGCUCUGGUUAUGGGUUUGGGAGUUUUCCCUGAUCCUGCAGCUGGACUGGGCCCCGUUCAGGCCUACACAAAGAGGGUUCCAUGAGUGUAUAACCCGUAGGUUGACUUUCAGGAGUGUAAGGCAGGGAAUCUCCUGCAUGGUCAUCCUGCAGACAACCAGCUGCUUUCCUUCUGGCCUGCACUGCCUCAUCCUGCUGCCCCAACACCAUCUUCUUGCUUAACUCAAGCCCUCAGGGAUUUACUCUUUGUCCUUAGACCUGCUGGUUGCAGCAACCACUGGUGGGGGUUGGAAGGGGCCUCAGGAUCAUCUGGUCCAGCCCCGCUGCUCAUGCAGGGCCACCCAAAGCUGGUGGUCCAUGUGCCCACAUGCCCUUGGGAUAUCUCCGAGGAUGGCGACUCCACCACCUCCCUGGACAACCCGUGCAGUGCUUGGUCACCCUCAGAGUGAAAAGCUCUUCAGCCAGGGUUUGAUGUGUUUCAGUUCACGCCCAUUGCCUUUUGUCCUGUUGUGCCAAGCUUGGAGACACCAUAACUCAGAUCUCUUCAGUGACUGAGAACAUUUGCAGCCCUGUGCCGCCUCUGUUCCUGUUCCCCCCGUUCAGGGACUGCCCAGCAGCCCCUUUGCCUCUUGGGGAGUGUCUAAGCCCUCUGGUUUUGGGGUGCCUGUGCACUGACUCAGGUACCUGACCUGCUCCUCGCCAGCUGCUCUGCGCUGAGGGCACGUGCUGUGCAGCCACACUGCUGCUGUGCUGAGCACAGAGGGGCAGCUCUGGGGGCUGGGGAGCAGAGCCCCAGCCUGGCAGUGCCCACGUGUUGGGAACAGCUCUGUGUGCAGCCGUGAGGCUCUGCAGGGUGAGUGUGCUCUGAACACAGAUGGGAUGGGUCUGGAUCCCCCACAUGACAGGAGGCCAUGGGGCUUUCCAGCUGGCUCAGGAGCUUUUGAGUGCAGGAUAAACAUGUUCAGAGCAAUCCAAACCUCACAUGGGCAGCUGAUUUUUGUUCCUGGAUGAGAACAGUGUGCCCAUCACCUUUGCAUCUGGCUCACCAUUUUCCAUUAGCAGUUGCUGCAAAAGUCUGUUGCCUUUGACUCCCAGCUGGCACCUCCAGCCCUUACCCACGCCAAGGCCUCAAACCAGGAAUGCUCUAACUCCCCAUUUACUGUCUCAGCAAGCCAAAUACAAGAGGAUCCCUGUGCUGCUGGAUGCUGGAGGUGACAGAAUAUACUCCCUGCAUUCCUGGGGCAGGGGAGGUGCUGGUUGUGCUGCUCGGGGGGAGCAGCAGAGCUGGGGCCCUGCUCUGUGCUCACUCGGGGCAGGGAGAAGCAGCAGCACCUCUCCCAUCCACAGUGUUAUUUAACCUCUGGCAUUGGGGAAAUUCGUGAGAACUUCACAACUCUUGGAAUCAAUCCUCCUCCUUACAGUGUUUUCUGGUUUCAAGUGUUACGAAAGAGCACUGAAUGACUGACAGUUUCAUUGAAACUGUGUAUUUGUGAGUGAAGGUUGAGAGGAAGUUUGAUCACUGCUUAAAAACCACUGGUACAUUUUCUCCUUCUCUCACAUGAACGUUCAGCAGGAGCAAAGUGUGACACAGUGUUUGCUUUAAAUGUCACCACUAACCCCAGCUAAGGUGACUUCCUUCCCACCACAGCCCUGAUGUGAAACGCAGCCUGAUGAUGUGAAACACAGACUGGCCGGGAACAAGCCCUGCCUUAGGAAUCAGACUGGCUUUAGGCUCAUGACAGCUCUGUUUCUGCAGGCAGAAGUGCUGGGCAGAGCAAUGGCAAUGCCAGCAGGAUGAUGGCAAUGCCAGUGGCAGCAGUGCCAGUGGCAGCAGGUCCCUGCACAGGUGGGACCAGGGAUGCUCUGCACAUACCAGGUACAGGUGCUUCUGUGGGAGAGUUUAGGGAUGGAGAGCUCUGUUCUGCUGACAGGUGUGGGGGUUUUUGGGUUAGUUAAACCUUUUAAUCAGAACUUAAAUGGAUUUUGAUUACACUAUAAUAAAGAUGUUGGGAGAAAAA